GGCAUUGUGAAAUUGGUCUGUAAACAGUGCUAAAUUUCAGCUCACACAAGACAACUUUCAGACAGACAACUGUGAAGAAAAGCAAAAAGAUGACUGCCAAAAAAGUCCAGGUGCGAAGGGUUGUUUCGAAGGACGGACACAACAAUGUGAAGAUUGAGAAUGUUGAGGGCAUGGUGAAGCUGUAUCUGCAUGACAUAUGGACAACAGUGGUGGACAUGAAGUGGCGCUACAAGCUUACUCUUUUUGCCUCAACGUUUGUGAUGACCUGGUUCAUUUUUGGUGUUCUCUUUUAUCUAAUUGGAAUGACAAAUGGAGACUUUGAUAGUGAGCUGCCUUCCAAUCACACCCCCUGUGUGAUGAAUGUAGAAACACUUACAGGGGCUUACCUAUUUUCUCUUGAAUCUCAGGCCACCAUUGGCUAUGGCUUCCGUUACAUUUCAGAGGAAUGCCCACUUGCUAUCUUUACUUUGGUGGCCCAGCUGGUUAUCACUGGCCUGGCAGAGAUCUUUGUGACAGGGGCACUGUUAGCUAAGCUGGCACGCCCGAAAAAGAGAGCCGAGACUAUCAAGUUCAGCCAGUCAGCUGUAGUCUGCAAACACGAGGGCAAGCUGUGUCUGAUGGUCAGGGUGGCCAACUUGAGGAAGAGCCUGCUGAUCCAAUGUAAUCUGACAGGUAAGCUUCUCUUCCCCUAUGUAACACAUGAAGGGGAGAAGACCCAAAUCCAGCAAAGCAAUGUGGACUUCCAGUUGGACUCUAGUGGAGAGUGUCCCUUCCUCAGCCUUCCUCUAACAUUUUACCAUGUCCUGGAUGAGACCAGUCCCUUGGCAGGUCUCUCUGCAGAGAACCUUCAGACAAGAGACUUUGAGUUGCUGGUGACACUCAAUGCAACAAUGGAAUCAACUGCUGCCACUUGCCAGAGCCGUACAUCUUAUGUGCCCCAGGAGAUCAUGUGGGGUUAUGAAUUUAAGCCAGUGCUCUUCACCACUCCAAGGGGGCGCUAUGUUGCUGACUUUAAUUUCUUUGACAAAAUGAAGCCCUGCAAUGACUCCACCCUGCUCAGCAAUCACACAGAGAAGCUUCAGCUUGAACAGGAGUAUCGUAGAGAGUAAAUACAAUUUUAACCAUUUUUUAAAUUGAAAGUAGUCAGUACCUUUUUCAGAACAUUAAAAGGGACGCAUUUUAAAAAUCCCAUGAGCGCCACAAUGUCAGCUAGACAUAAAAUGUAGAUAUUGGACCCUGAUAUUCUUAAAAUAUAGAACUGGAAUGUUACAUACACACUCAUGUUACAUGUUACAUAAACACUCAUUACCCCUCUGAAAUCAAUUGUGUGUUGGCCCCUGAUAUCUAUUUUUAUCUGGUCUUUCCUUCUAGCCAGUUCCUGUAAAUAUCUUAUCAGUUAAUAAAAACCUAUGGCCUGCAAGUAGGCUUUCCAUCUGUUUGAA